GGAAAAGCCAUUUGGCAUACAUAAAUUAAAGAUUAAUCAUUUAAUUGCGCACUUAUUACCUGAAAUAAGAAAAGACAAAAUGGCUGUGAAUUAUGGAGGCGUGUCAGAGGAAGAUAUUAACCGUGCUUUAAAGGCAGUUGCAGAAAGUGGUGAUACGGAUGAUAUAAGUCAACCCGGCCAGCUUGGGUCGGCUUUGAAUCAGUGGCAAAGACCUAUCACAGACUUUGGCAAUGAACCUCAGUGGGUAGCGUCACGUUAUAUUGGUGAAAUAGAUUUUGGGCGGAGAGAAUGGGCUCGUUCGCGAGAUACAGUUGAUGCAGUUAUGGAUUUGUUACUGAAGGAUUUGCGAGCAAGGGCUGCAGCACAUUACAAACACUUGAGAAUUGAUUCAUACAUCCGUCAAGGCAGUUCACGUGAUGGCUUGAAAGUUAUCAAACCGGACGAGUUUGAUACACUAAUUGAGUUUCAUAUCGAGGGGUUACAGCUAUCAGAAAAGCGCAUUUUCAAGAACAGAAAAUACGUCCCUGGCUUUUGCUAUCUUCAAGUAGAUCAAGGACGCGAGGUUCUUCAGAAUAGGUAUCCAGAGCUUUGGCAGGAAGGUGUCUUUGAGGAAGACACCCAGGGAAUCAUUUAUCUCAGCUCACGAAUGUUACAUCAGGCAGUAUUUGAAUCCUUGAUCGAUCAAUCUUCCCUUGCUAUUGAAGAGAAAGUCGUAGCGAUGGCGUGCAGACAGAAUAUCAAUUUUCACAUCACGAGAAGAAUGAACCCACCCGCUGUCAACAUAAGAAUCUGCUUCGACGAUGCCGCUAAUGAACUGUUUAUGAGGCAAGGUCAAAUACGAAAUCCUAGUGAAGUUGUCCGAGAAAUAGAUUUGGACAUUGUUCCCGCCAUACGUCUAAGAAUUGAUCAAACUACACACUACAACGGUAAUCCAGUAAAUGCUGUCGUACAUGCUGUCUGCAAAUGGAAAGAGGAAGAUGCUGCAAAGUCGUUGGAAAUUGCAAACCAAAAAAUAGUAUGGCACAUCAAUUCAGCUGGCUACGAAAGAUACACUUUAGAUGUUGCACGAACAAACCAAAAACAGCGAUACAUACUGACGGCGCUACGCUUAUUGAAAACAUACUUCACAAAAACGAAGACGAUAGCCAAAAAUGAGAAUCGACCUCCUCCGCCGAUUACUACAGUCUUGAAGUCGUAUCAUCUGAAACAGAUAGCAUUUUAUCUGAUCCUAUACACCUGCCACAUCAAUCCAAUACAGAUUUAUAGUGCUAAACGGGCUCUUGGCUGCUUAUUGUCCCUACUACGUACUACUCUCCAAAGGAAACGGCUUCCACACUUCUUUUAUUCCAAUUCGCUGAUCCAGCGUAUGUUUACAUACUACCCAUUUCAACAGGAUGCUCUUCGGUUUGAUCUGUUUCGGGGUAUUCCUUCUGAAUCACUUCACCAGGCCGAACUUUCGUAUGAACAUCACCUUUUAAAUGAUCUAGGGUUCACACAAAAUGGAGAUACUGAACUUCAGAAUUUAGUUUCUGGUUUUUCGAGGGAAAUUGAGAAUGGCGAAUAUUUUUAAAAGCAAAAAAGCUUGAAUUGGUUACAGGACGGUGAUCGUUGAUUAACAAAACAAUUGUAAUCAUUUAUGAAGUUCUGGUAGUUAAACUAGAGCUUCAUCAAAAACCUGGAAACAAGUGGUCAAUUGUUCAAAACAUUGAAACGGUGCAGACAAAACAUAAAUUAACCUCUGAGGUAAGCUCUAACACAUUUCUAAUUUGAUGUACAUUGCACACACGGCGCCUUUAUCUUACCAUAUUCAAGAAUGAUAUAGUUUUGUUCAAGAUAUGUUACUUUUAACUUUUAACUUAAACAUGAUUAUUCAUACCUUUUUUCCCCUUUAUAAUGUAUAACACAAAUAAGUGCAAAACUGAUGCUCAUGCGAAUGUUUCAUACUGCUAAAAAUUAAGACUUUGGUGUCUCUAAAUAGUAUGAGCAAAUCCGUCUGAUAAGCUCUGUAGAAGGAGCAAAAGGCUGUAGGUCAAAAGGUCGAAAUUUCUAUCCAAGGACAAGGCAAAUGUUUUUCAUUAUCAUAUAACAGUCGAAACAGUGUCAUCCAUUCAUGCCUUCAUCCAUUGGAAACAGUUAAACUGUAUUACAUAUAUUGUGUUAUACAGCCAGCCAAAAAGAACCUAAACAUGAUAUUCCACUUUUUCUAUUGUAUUAUCAAAGCAGCGUUGUUUGUGCCGUGUGGCGGUCGUAAAUAUUUUCCUCAUACUUUUAAUCAAAGCUGUUGUAUUUCGUUCUCUUAAAUAUUUUUUUAAACAAGCACUGAUGUGCAGUUAUUAAAAUGAUUUAGAAAAUCUUAUCCCACUAUUUGUCGAGCAUUUAGUUGUACUGUGCUUAAAUUCUUAAUAUACAGUUACCACUAGACCUAAAAGGAAAUAAUGAUAAAACUAUUAAAUUGACCUUUAACUGUGAUCAGAAUAUCCAGUGAAGCUUGGAGUGGAGUGAAUAGAAGUAUAUAGUGAAACAGCGUGUAUUGAAGUGAAGUGAUUUAUUGAGUGAACACUGAAUUGAAGUGGAAUGGUAUAAAUGCAGAAUAAAGCGGUUUGGUUGAUUGCAACAAGUCCACGAGUGAAAGUGAGAUCUUGAAUUCAUGUGGUUGUACAGCAGUAAAAAUUUGACAUGUAGGUGAUUGCGUACAUAAAUAUAAACUAAUAAAAACAAAGCAAAUGAUUUUCUGUAAAUAUUAAAC